UACUUCAACUCUCGUAGAUCAAUUGGAUUUGGCUGCUGUUGCUGCUGAAGCUGAUUUUGAUUAGAGGCGAACAGCAGGCAGAAGAUCACAGAAUCCAGCGGCGAUUUAUGUGGCAAGAGAUGAAUAACUCCGUAAUGGGCGGAGUGCUGGGACGGAUGUUCAACGGGGCCCGGGCGAUGAAGUCGAUGUUAACGGAUCUCAUGCCGAGCACGGCGGGCUAUGGACAGAAGUCCACCAUGGACUUCUUGCCCACGGAGAUGACGCGAGUGAAAUACAUCAUCAGGAAUCCGCACAACAACAAGCCAAUGAAGAUCAUCAAGAUGCGGCCAUCGCCAAAGAAGGUGAUCAAACUAAGGAGACCCAUACCGAAGGCCACAGUCACAGAGUCCUCGAUGAUGAUCACUCACACGGUCCACGGCGAUCAUCGCAUGCGGCAGUUGGAAAAGGAGCAGGAAUUGAUAGCCGAGGGAAAGGCGCCCAUGACCAGCGAUGAGGCGAUUAUGGAGAAGUACUUCAAGAAGCGUCCUCGAGGCGGAUCCUCCAACGAAGUGAUCUCUGGCAAGAUCAUGGAGUACCAGAGCUGGAAACCCGUCUACAAGACGGGUGAAUCGCCCUCCUCUUUUGUUACACUAAGACCGCAACCCCUAACCCGUUUGCACACCGAUAUAUCCAGUGGCGAUCAUGAACUGUUGCCCAAGCCCGAGAAGCUGGUGAGCUUCGAGUAUGACAGGGAAGAGGAGGAGGAGGCGGAGAACGAGGUGGCCAAGCAAAUGGGUCAUCGGUACGAGGUCACCGAGCAUACUGGUGAAGCCAGUGGUGAAGUGGAGGCGGUGGAGGCAGUGGCCUCCAUGGAGAGUGGAUUUGUGCCCAGUCAGGGCUUGACUUUUAGGUCCCAACCAGCACCACAUCCCCCACCACCACCACAACACGCUCCAAGGCCCAGACAUCGCAGCCCGCCUAGUAGCACAUCUUCCACCACAACCACUACAGAGGCACCCAAUUAUCCCGCUUCGUUCCUCAAGAAAUUCCGCGAGAGGGAACUGACCACCACCCGAAGACCCCGUAAACAGCACCACAAAGAGAUAUAUCUGAUCCGCGAGAACGAGGACAGCUCGGAGGGCAGCACCACACCGCCCUCCUUUGCGAUGAGCAGUUUGAGGGCUCGCCUCCAGGACCAGCAGCGCCCCCAGAAGCAGCAGCACAAGCAGCAGCUGGAGGAGGAGGAACUGGAGGCCGCCCUCGUGGAUGCGAUGCACGGCGAGAAGUGGCCCUCGGAGGUGGCCCACAGUGGCUUCCAGCUGGCCAGUCCCAUUGGGCCCAGUGCCGUGGCCUUCGAGCAGCCGCUGGCCAAGGCGCCACGGGGUCAGUACAAGCGACAGACGCGCGAUAAUAUUCGGCAACGGGGAUCCGUCAAGUUUGGCGAUAAACCCAACUACGAUGAAGUCUGAGGGGUACUCGAAGUCAAGCUACCAAAGAGCCAAGAGCUGCAGUUAAGCAUCACGGACAAAAAAAAACAUAUUAACUAAAUUCAGUAGUUUUGUUUAACAAAGUCAGUAACAUAUAAAACUUGCCUAUUUAACAAGCAAU